UUGUUUGACAUGGAUCACAUUAAGCGCGAACUUGAUUCAAACAAAGAGACUCCCACAACAUCUUCAGACUUCCAAAACGGGCAACUUCUUCAGCCUGUAACAACACUUAUGAUAAAAAGUGAAACUAAAGAAGAAUUGUGGGAUAACGCUGAAAACAACGAAAGUUUGAAAGAAGAGUUAAGCAUAGAGAAGCAUGAGGACUACGCAGACAACGGUGAACCAUUGACACUUGAACAAUCAUUCGCGAAUAUGGACGCAUCAACAAAGCAGUAUGAUAUGUGUGUUUUCUUUCAGCAGCAGUAUACUACAGGAACUGGAAGGCUGGGUGAAAAUUUAAGACAGAAAUCGGAAGCAUUAGCAAAAGAGAAACGUUACAAAUGUGAAUUGUGUAAUAAAGUGUUCUCACAGAGUGGUGCCUUGACGACUCAUCGACGCACUCAUACAGGAGAGAGGCCAUACUCAUGUGACGUAUGUAAUAGAAGCUUCACGCAAAAAGUAACGCUCGAAAAUCACUGCCGUGUUCAUACUGGAGAGAAACCGUACGUUUGUAACAUAUGUAACAACAGAUUCUCGAAGAAAACGAAUCUGAAAUACCAUUAUCGCAUCCACUCUGGACUUAAGCCUUAUCAAUGCGAUGUAUGUAACAAGACAUUCUCAUUACGUGAUCGUCUCAAAGAACACUACCGAAUUCAUACGGGCGAGAAGCCAUACGUUUGUGACAUUUGCAAUAAAGGGUUUUCACAAUGUGGGAACCUGGCGACUCAUAAACGAACGCACACAGGAGAAAAGCCAUAUAAUUGUGAUGUAUGCAACAUGAAAUUUACAGAAAGUGCAACCUUGAAGACACACUAUCGUAUUCAUACUGGCGAACGGCCAUACACUUGCAGUAUUUGUAAAAAGACUUUUUCGAAGAAAGGAAACUUAACAAACCAUCAUCGUGUCCAUACUGGAGAGAAGCCAUAUUGCUGUGAUAUAUGUAAUAAGAGAUUUUCUGAAAACGCAAAUUUGAAAAAUCACCUUCGCAUCCACACAGAGAAGGCAUACAGUUGUUACAUAUGCAACAACAGAUAUGCCGAUAAAUCACAACUAAAAACUCACUAUCGCUGCCACACAGACGUGAAGCCUUACAUGUGUGUGGUGUGUAACAAAAAAUUUUCGGAGAGUGUAAAUCUAAAGAAACAUUAUCGUAUACACACGGGAGAGAAACCAUAUAAAUGUGAAGUUUGUAAUAAAAGGUUCACACAGAGCGGGCAUCUCGAGACACACAAACGCACCCACACUGGAGAAAAACCAUUCACUUGUAGCAUUUGUAAUAAGAAAUUCGCUCAGAAGGUAACCUUGAAAAGGCAUGGCCGUAUCCAUGAAGAGACAUUGACUGUAACAUCAGAGACAGAUAAUGCUCAUAAACAGUCGUAUCAAGCUUUACUGUUUCUUGAAAUUUGUCUCCCCAACCCUUAUGAAAGGAGAGGUCUGACUACUACAGGUCACUUACCUUCUGCUAAGGAGGGACUCUGCUGACUCUCACUCAUUCCACUCUGUCUCUAUGUAUCAAUUAAAUGCUUUAGUCUCUGUUGUGGCACUCCCUGCAGAAGUACAACUUGCUGUUCUUGGGAACUCUAAAGAUGACUGUGUACAGAGAUUAAACCUUAAUGUGAAUGGGGCUUUCAGGCAAAUCAUACUAGAUAUGAUGAGUAAUUGACGGGAAGAACUGGCAUUCCAAUAUGAAAAUUGUUCUCCAUGAGGGGGCUCAUGCUGAUGGAAAAUUUCGCAUCUUUGUACAGUAUAUGUGCCAAAUAUUAAGAAAUAAAAGUUUACAAUUCACUGUGAUGAUUUCCAUUUAUUCAUACCCAAACAGAUGUCACUGUAAAAUGUAAGUUGUUUCACAUCUUUCUAAAGUGCUGCAUCCUCUCUCUCUGAAAGAGCAUGCUUUCUGUGUACACACAAAUAUUACAUGUUGGUGUCCGGGGAAGAAUGACAUUUUAAGAAUUUUUGUGAAAAUAUGUAGAGCUACAAAUACUUCAAAUAUGUGAAACUAGUAAGAACUUAGUGUAUCUGGAAACCAGAACAGAUUGUUAAACACUCUUAACGGAAACAUAUACAGAUUUAGUUGGUGCACCUAUUGUACAUUUCUUCAAACAUGUGAAAAAGUUAUAUUUGUUAGUAAAUUGAACUGCGGCAGCCAAGUGAUAUUUAAAAUGGCAGUUCACCUCUUUCAUUAAUGUUACCUAAUGGUGACCUGAGUGUCUAACAUCUCCCAACUUGUACAGAAUAGAAUACUGCAUCUCAAAAUAACUUGUCAUGAACCUGAUAAUAUGACUGAUUAUCAAUAACCAAACAUAAUGGACACUUCUUAUUUAUAUUAUGACAUUAUCUAUAUUAGUAAAAUAAAUUACAUUUUUGUUCACAUUCAACUAUCACACUUUCCUCACUGUUUUAUAAAAAUGUAAAUACCUUAUCUGUCGGGCAAUACAGUGGGUGACUCUAUACUAUGUGCAAUAUUGUGACCCAAAUAACUGAUUUGCUGUAUAGUCUGAACUUUCAUGUUAGGUUUAAUUGGUUUGAAUGGUAUGAUUAGUUUCAUUCUGUCUUAAGUUAGGGAUCACAUGCAGUGAGUUCUGUUUAAUUAUGUUUAUGUUCCUUUGCACAAUAGCUCUGCACAAAUCUUUACGUUGUUAAUGCACUUUGUUUAAUCAGGUUCAUGAGAAAGCUAAUGCAUUAUAUCAUCUACAUUUCUGUCAGUGACUUUCAAUACAGACAUGCAUAUUGGAUAUCAGUGGGAAUAUUAUGCCACAGUUAUUAAGAUUGCCCUGUUUACAUCUCACUGAAUUUCAUACAUUAAUUAUAUUGCUGCUGACACAUAUUUAUCAAUAUUGUGUUUAAUUAAUUUUAAUUAUAAGAAAGACAACUUUAUAAUUAUAUAAUUUUCUGGUAUCAAGUACACCUCUGUUCUUGUCUGUCUGUUAGUUUUAUAUUAUACUGUAACGUUUCUUAUGGAAAAUAAUAAACUUGCAGACUUGAACUCACUAUUCUGACAACACUGUAGACUUUCAAUUCAUCCGUUUUAUUAAGUCAAAAGAGUCACCUCACAAGUCUGACUUGACUAUCCAGGUAGCCUUACCCCUCUGCACACUUAAAAAACAUUUAAAUAGGAUUCAAAGCCAUUAAGUAUGUCAGCAGCUACACAUAAUUUCCCACUGAUAAUAAAUAAUUUAGUACUUACUUGUAGCCAUAAUCCUAUUAUUUUCCUGUUUUUUCAUACUAAGUGGUAACUGACUGACUGCCAUUCAGAAGUUCCUUCAUUCAUUGGGAACUGGCUGUCCAGAUGGGUAUAUUGUCCUCAGUUCCUCCAAUUCAUUUUUGAGACAUUCCUUUCAUCUAAUCAUGGCUACUUCCGGACAAAGCACUCUUAAACACCCAUGUGUUAUUAUCCUUACAUUUCUCAACACAAUGUAACACAAAUGCGUCUUAACUUAAAAAUGAUGCUAAUUUUACAGUAUGAUCAGAAUAAAAGUUGUAACUGAUGUCCACUGAUGUCCUUGCACAGAAAUCACACACACAUAACACUGUCAUCAGUUUAGUAAGGUCUACGAAGUGUGCUGCUCCACACUUUUCAUGCAUUUUUAGGAGUUAUAUUUUCAUAAAAACAUCCAUUUCCUGCAUUCUACAGAAUAAAAUAAGUCUUAUUCUUACUAUCUGUGACUGAAUUCCAGCAAGAAUAUGAAAGCUCUGAAGAAACAAUAACCACAAAAUCUAAUCCUGGUCCCUUACAUAUUAGAUUGAGGAUGGAAAACCACUCUCUUCAUAUUUACAUUGUACAAGCUAGUCUCAUGAUAGUUCAGGCUCCAAUGGUAGUGAGUUACCACAGUUUCCUGGGAUGUGAAAAUGGCAGGUAGAUGGAUACCAUUUCUGAGGAACCUGUUGCUUGUCUUCAGGGUAGAAGAGGCACUCUGAAGAACAGAGUAACAAGUUUCUUCAAAAUGCUGGUAUGUAUCAAAUUGCAUGCUAUUACAACCUGAAAGUCUGUAGUCUGAAUAUACAGGCAGAGCCAGCAUAUGUUGACUCCAAUGUGAGAGCAUAUACCAUGUGUAUGAUUACCUUAAUAUGAGAUGCUUAUAAAAUUAACAUCACCAAUUUGUGUAGAUGGAUACAUCUCAAGAUAAACAGAAAAGGUAAAAUAUUGACCAUGUACUCCACGCUUCAUAUGUUCCUAUAGACAGUAUAAAAAUGGACAUUUCAAACAGUGCUCACCAGUUUAAAAAUUGAUGGUAAAAUAUCAGCAUGUCAAAGACACUUCAGAAAUAUGCCAUUCAGUUGAUUAACUGAAAAUAAACGGUUUUAAGUACAAGAUUUUAAGUCACACUAUCAUAGUAUAUAUGAAACUUCUUCUCAGACCCUUUGAAAAGAAGAUGAAACAGAACACAAAGCACUCACAAAACUUAGAUAAACGAACUGGAUGAUUUAAAAUACUGUAACGUGUUUUGAGUAGGUACUUCCAUGGUAAUGCAAUAACAGUGGGCCGUUAUGUAGAGAAUGCCAAAACAAUGAACGUGUUUCCUUGGAGAUGGACAACAGAGGGUUCGUCAAGUGACAACAGAAAACUGAACUGUGGGAGAUGGUGUCUGGCAUCCGGUCCACAUAAGGUCUAUAUAAGAUGGUUGAAUGCAUCUGUAGACACUGUCAAGAUCCAGCCACGGCCAAGGACAGUUGAGAGGUCGCAGCCGCAGUAGAAGUAUUGAAGUAGAGGCAGAAGUUGUGAUACUGCAAGUGAUGGUAUUUGUAUUCCUGACUCUAAGUAAGUGUGGAUGAAUGAGUUCAAUAAAUAAUUGUUGAACCCAAAGGCUACGUGAAGUUAUUUGUCACAUGACAAUACGAGUAUUAUAUGAAAAUGGAACACCAUGCAUUUAAUUGCUAAAAAGGAAUAUUUUAUGCCACACUAGAAAACAAUAACAAAAAGUGUUUGAUUAUAUUACAGAAGAAAUAAAAAACAGAACACCAUAAAUAACCAAAACAUGUUCUAUACACUAUUUCCAGUUUCAUUUAGUCACAGAUUUGUAGGCUAAUAAUGGUACAAAAAAUACACUUUACAGCUUGCUGUAUUGUAAUUACAUUAUGAUAUAAAAGAGAAAUAAAUAUGAAAUCCAGUAUUGUAUAUAAGCCUUACCUUACAU